AGCAGUGUCAGGAUGAGAUGACCUCAAGUUUGGGCCUGACCACAAAGAAGGCCCUCACUAUCCUGAGAGACCAGCUGUCAGCACUGCUGGAGGGGCAUCAGAAGGAAAGGAAGAAGGUGAUUUCAUGGAAGGAGGUGUGGAGGAGCAGUUUCCUGUACCAUGGUAACCGUUGCUCCUGUUUCCAUUGGCCGGGUGCAUCUCUGAUGCUGCUGGCAGUGCUGCUGCUGUUGUGCUGCUAUGGGAGCCAGCCACACGGGAGCCAAGGUGCUGAGAUUGUGAAUGCCCUGGCACUCCUCCUCCUCCUCCUCCUGAACCUCUUCUUGAUUGGACGACAAGAGAGGCUGAAGCGCAGAGAGGUUGAAAGGAGGCUCCGGACCAUCAUCGACAAGAUAAACGAUACCCUAGAAGAUGGCAAAGAGCCGAAGUGGCCAGACUCCAUGUACCCCGACCUUCACAUGCCUUUUGCCCCAUCCUGGUCCCUCCACUGGGCCUACAGGGAUGGUCAUCUCGUAAACCUACCCGUCAGCCUGUUAGUAGAGGGAGACGUUAUUGCUCUGAGACCGGGGCAGGAGUCUUUUGCUUCUCUGAGAGGGAUUAAGGAUGAUGAACACAUUGUUCUGGAGCCAGGAGACUUGUUCCCCCCUUUCUCUCCUCCACCUUCCCCGAGGGGUGAAGUGAAGAAGGGACCUCAGAAUCCUCAGCUGUAUCGUCUCUUUCGUGUCCUAAAGACCCCAGUGAUUGACAAUGUCAGGUGGUGUCUGGACAUGGCUUUGUCACGUCCCGUGACAGCUCUGGAUAACGAGAGGUUCACAGUGCAGUCAGUGAUGCUGAAGUAUGCCGUCCCUAUUGUAUUGGCUGGCUUCCUGAUCACCAAUGCUGUGCGCUUCAUUUUCUCGGCUCCUGGAAUUGCUUCCUGGCGGUACACUCUUCUUCAGCUGCAGGUGAAUGGCGUGCUGCCCAUCCUUCCACUGCUCUUUCCUGUCCUGUGGGUUCUUGCUACAGCUUGUGGAGAAGCCAAAGUCCUGGCCCAGAUGAGCAUGGCCUCGUCCACCUCGCUGCUGGCUAAGUUUUCAGAGGACACACUCAGCAGCUACACAGAGAUGGUAUCUUCUCAGGAAAUGAUACGUUGUAUCUGGAGCCACUUUCUGUGUGUUUUAAAAGGCAAGUCUCCAACACUCAGCUUCACCUCCAGCUUACUUCACAGCCUGGGAUCCGUCACUGUGCUUUGCUGUGUAGACAAGCAGGGGAUUCUAUCCUGGCCAAAUCCCAGUCCAGAGACUGUUCUGUUCUUCAGUGGGAAGGUGGAAGCCCCUCACGAUAGCCAUGAAGACCUGACGGAUGAACUCUCCACGCGCUCCUUCUGCCACCCAGAGAUGGAUGAGGAGCCCCAUGAGAGGGAUGCUCUGCUCUCUGGUCCCAUGAUGGAUAUGGUCCACAUUGCCAAUGAACAGGAGAGGAACGACUGGUCUAGUGACACUCCAAAAUCUUCUGACGUCCAUGUCCACAGAAAGCCAAACAAUAGAAGCAAGCAUCCAUCGGGGUCCAAUGUGAGCUUCAGCAAAGACACGGAGGGUGGUGAGGAGGAGGCAACCCAGGCUGGCGGUGACACUGAGGGACUGGCCUGUGAGGCUGAAGACUUUGUGUGUGACUAUCACCUCAAAAUGCUCAGCCUGUCCCAGGACCAGCAGAACCCCUCCUGUAUCCAGUUUGACGACUCCAACUGGCAGAUGCACCUAACCUCCCUGAAGCCUCUGGGCUUGAAUGUGCUGCUCAACCUCUGCAAUGCCAGUGUGACAGAGCGCCUAUGCCGCUUCUCUGACCACCUCUGCAACAUUGCCCUCCAGGAGACCCACAGUGCUGUGCUGCCUGUCCAUGUGCCCUGGGGGCUCUGUGAGUUUGCCAGGCUAAUAGGUUUCACACCCGGAGCCAAAGAGCUUUUCAAGCAGGAGAACCACUUGGCUCUGUACCGCCUGCCGACUGACGAGAUGGUGAAGGAGACAGUACUGGGAAAACUCUCUUCCAUCACCAAGAGGAGACCGCCUUUGAGUCACAUGAUCAGCCUUUUUGUUAAGGACACCACCACCAGCACUGAGCAGAUGCUUUCUCACGGGACAGCUGACAUCAUUCUUGAGGCCUGCACAGACUUUUGGGAUGGUGCUGAUAUCUACCCCCUCUCCGGCUCUGACAGGAAGAAAGUGUUGGAUUUCUACCAGCGAGCAUGUCUCUCAGGCUAUUGUUCUGCCUUUGCCUACAAGCCAAUGCACUGUGCCUUGUCCUCCCAGCUCAAUGGCAAGUGCAUAGAACUGGUGCAGGUCCCUGGACAGAGUGCCAUCUUCACAUCCUGUGACCUUCCUGGGACUACACCCAUCAAACAGAGCAGCAGAAGGAACAGCUGGAGCUCUGAUGAAGGGAUCGGGGAAGUGAUGGAGAAGGAGGAUUGUAUCCAGGCUCUGAGUGGUCAGAUCUUCAUGGGAAUGGUCUCAUCCCAGUACCAGGCCCGACUUGACAUCGUCCGCCUCAUUGAUGGGCUGGUCAGUGCCUGCAUUCGUUUUGUCUACUUUUCCCUGGAAGAUGAGCUCAAGAGCAAGGUCUUUGCUGAGAAGAUGGGUCUUGAGACCGGCUGGAACUGCCACAUAUCCUUAACGCCCAACGGAGAUGUGCCCGGGUCAGAGAUUCCUCCCUCCAGUCCCAGCCAUGCAGGUUCUUUGCAUGAUGACCUGAAUCAGGUCUCUCGAGAUGAUGUGGAGGGCCUGCUGCUGAUGGAAGAGGAAGGGCACUUGGAUCUCAUCAGCUUUCAGCCAACAGACAGCGAUAUCCCCAGCUUCUUGGAGGACUGCAACAGGGCCAAACUUCCUCGAGGGAUCCACCAGGUCAGACCUCACCUGCAGAACAUUGACAAUGUGCCUUUGCUGGUGCCCCUCUUUACGGAUUGCACCUCAGAGACCAUGUGCGAGAUGAUCAAGAUCAUGCAGGAGUAUGGAGAGGUGACCUGCUGUCUGGGGAGCUCUGCCAACCUGCGGAACAGCUGCCUCUUCCUGCAGAGUGACAUCAGCAUAGCGUUGGAUCCCCUCUAUCCAUCCCGCUGCUCCUGGGAGACUUUUGGCUAUGCCACAAGCACUAACAUGGCACAAGUCUCAGAUGACCUUACACCUCUGCAGCUCUCAGGCCAGCUCAACAGCUUGCCCUGCUCCUUAUCCUUCCACCAGGAAGAGAGCAUCGGUAUCAUCCGACUUAUAGAACAGGCCAGGCAUGCGACGUACGGGAUCCGCAAGUGUUUCCUCUUCUUGCUGCAGUGCCAGCUGACUCUGGUGGUCAUUCAGUUCCUGUCCUGCCUGGUGCAGCUGCCGCCCAUUCUGAGCACCACGGACAUCCUAUGGCUCUCCUGUUUCUGUUACCCGCUGCUAAGUGUCUCUCUUCUGGGCAAGCCCCCCCACAGCUCCGUCAUGUCCAUGGCAACUGGGAAAAAUUUAACCGCCAUUCCUAAAAAGACUCAGCAUUACUUCCUGCUCUGCUUCCUGCUGAAAUUCAGCCUGACCAUCUGCUCCUGCCUUGUUUGCUUUGGGUUCACGCUGCACGAGUCCUGCAAAGGGAUGAACACUACCAGCCUCAACCUCAGCGCCUGCUCCUCCAUCAUGGUGUACAGCAAUGCUGAUGGUGCCCCUGACUGGUUUGGAAAGUUUUCCAACGCUCUCCUCUUAGCGCAGAAGCUCACAGCUGGUCUGAUUGUUUUGCACACUGUGUUUAUAUCCAUCACCCACGUCCAUCGCACCAAACCGCUGUGGAAGAAAAGCCCCUUCACUAACACAUGGUGGACCCUAACUGUGGGUGUUGUGUUGCUGGGUCAGGUGAUGCAGACGGCUCUGGAUCUGAAGCUGUGGACAAACUUAGACUCUCCAUUAACCUUUAACGAUGUUCACAUCUCCCUGGUCUCAUGGCUCUUGGGUUUCCACUCUCUCAUCCUCGUGGUAAUUGUCAACGAGAUCGUCAAACUCCACGAAAUCCGGGUGCGGGUCCGUUACCAAAAGAGGCAGAAGCUGCAGUUUGAAACCAAACUGGGGAUGAAUUCUCCGUUUUGA